UAGGAUUUAACGCUCGGCAGCGAAAGGCUUUCUUAAACGCCAUUAUGCGUUACGGGAUGCCCCCCCAGGAUGCUUUCACUACUCAGUGGCUGGUCAGAGACCUCAGGGGGAAAUCAGAGAAGGAAUUCAAAGCCUACGUCUCCCUCUUCAUGCGCCACCUGUGCGAGCCAGGUGCAGAUGGAGCAGAAACGUUUGCUGAUGGCGUACCCAGAGAAGGGCUCUCUCGUCAGCAUGUUUUAACCAGAAUCGGAGUGAUGUCUCUCAUUCGCAAAAAGGUGCAAGAAUUUGAGCAUGUGAAUGGACGUUGGAGUAUGCCAGAGCUUGCAGAAACAGAGGAGAGCAAGAAGGCUUCACAGACAGACUCUCCUUCCCCCAAAACUCCCACCCCAUCUACACCAGGGGAUACUCAGCCCAACACCCCAGCACCUCAAGCUACAAACGAUGAUGCUGUGAAGAAUGAGGAGUUGGUUCCAAAAGAGGAAAAUACUGAAGGGGAUGUGAAAGCAGUCACGAAAGAAGUGAAAGCGGUCACGGAGACUAGCCAGGCAGCUGCACCUGUAUCAGAGCCACGUUCUCCUGUUCCUCAGGCUGAUGAAAAGCCAACUGAGCCUGAGAGUCAAGAAAAGCCCCCUGCACCUGAGCCCAUGGAGACCGAUCAGAAAGCAGAACCAGAGAAGACUGAUGAGGUGAUUACUGUGGAAGACAAGAAAGAUGAUGUGCAAGAGGUAACUCUGCAGAAUGGAGAGGCCACCAAGGAGCCCCCAGAGGAGAAAAAGAGAGUUGUAGUCCCAGCUAGCAAACAGCGGUUCAUGUUCAAUAUCGCAGACGGCGGCUUUACAGAGCUACACUCCUUGUGGCAGAAUGAGGAGAGAGCAGCGACGGUUACUAAAAAGACUUAUGAGAUUUGGCAUCGCAGACAUGACUACUGGCUCCUCUCCGGGAUCAUUAAUCAUGGUUAUGCCCGUUGGCAGGACAUACAGAAUGAUGUCAGAUAUGCAAUUCUUAAUGAGCCAUUCAAAGGCGAGGUCAACAGGGGAAACUUCUUAGAAAUCAAGAAUAAGUUCCUGGCUCGCCGAUUUAAGGUAAGUUAAGGAUUUCUUUUCCACUAUUUUCAGAUUCGGCUAGAU